AUGCUGUAUGGGAUAUACAAGCCCAGUUUGGGGGAUACCUAUUUCCACCCACCAAGAUUCCCAAAGACCAACUCUUGGCCAAGGCAACAACGCCGGGAUUCCAAAAAAUGCAGCAUUGCCGCCAUUAGCGAUAUUGGAAAGGAAGGCACGGUCCAAUAUGCCAUGCGUCUGAAACAGCAAAUUGACACCUACUUGGGAUAUCCUGCCAUUACCGACGUCCACUACAAUGCCAAGUCCAAUCCCAAUCACAUUUCCAUUGACUUUGUCAAUUACAAAACGAUCAAUGCGGAACGAAUCGAAUUAUGUUGUGAUGGUCGGGAAUCUCAACUUCAAAUUGACAGUAGCAAAUGGACAAGAUGUCUUUGUGCACUCGCAAUAUCUUGGACAAGUCACUUUAGGAGGUGGCAGCGAGGUGGGCAUUCCACGACCAGUCAGUAG